UCUUAGUCGACUAGCACCAUGUCUAUCUCCACAGUCCUCUUCUCUCGCCGGAACCCUGUCCUCUUCCUCAAAACCCCUUACAGACUCAUUACAUCCCAAGCCCAAGCCCAAGCCCAAGCUCAGCCCAGCAUAAAGCCCCUCCACGUCCUCUUCACUGAAGCAGUGGGCCAUUCCCAGAAAACCACCACCUCCGACACCGACGAAGAACAAACCGAAUCAUCAGAAACCGCAACCGAACUCAAGAAAAAUCUGAAGCAGUUGGAGCAAGACAUUAAGACCCUCAAAGAGAAAACACCAGGGAUUCCAAAAAGGACGAGCUUGUUCGCUGCGUUUACGAAUAAAAAACCUCCCUCGAAACCAAAGGACUCAGUGGUUGUCAAAGAGCUUUCCCCCGACAUGAAGAUGUUUGCGCAGCACUUGUUCGAGAAGGGGUAUUUUAAAGACGCCAAUUUCUCACAGUCGAAGAAAAAAUUUGAUCUUGAUUGGUUUACCAGUUUCUUCGCCGUAGGGUACAUCAAGUUUGCGGCCCAGAGAUUCGCCAGAGAUAACCAGGAAAUUGCCAAAUGGUUAUCAGGAAGUGCCUUGAAGCAAGUGGCUACGUUUGGUUGCUCUGACACCAAUAAGAGUGCUGUCUUUCCUGCUAAAAGACUGCGGAAGUUUUUUGAGGUCCCAGAAAACACUGUUUGCUGUAAAUGCACCCUGCAACAAACAUGCAAGUUUAUGAAUCAAAGUGUAUGGAAUGUUAACACAAAUAGUUUGGAAUUAGUGACAGUUAUGAAGGUUAUCACUUCAUAUGGUUUAGAGUCAGUUCACCCCCAGCUGGUAGUGCCUGAAGUAGUAAAGAAAUCAGUAAGUCAAUUGCUGAAGGAGAUUGUGAAGCUGAGUCCAACCACCUGAGAAUGCUUCUGAUUUUGACCACUUUUUCUCUUAUGUGGGAAAUUGAGCCACAUUUUUUGGAGAAAUUGAUCACAUGAGGUGAAACUUUUGAACAUAAUCUUCAGACCUUGUAGACCAUUUUUGGAGAUUACACUUCUUGCUACUCAAAGCUUCCAAAAUGAUACUCCAUUUCUGGUGAGUGACAACUAUUUCAUUGGAUAAAGUGCUUGCUUGAAAUAGGCACAAAUGUAUGGGCUGGAAUAUGGUGUUACUUUCAAAAGUUAUAAGUUUUGGUUUGGGAUAGAGUGAAGCUUUAUUAGAAAAAAUAUUAAAAGAAAAGAAUUAUUGAAUUCUUUGGUUCAUCUUAAUUUAAAAGAAUAGUGAUAUAUUUUUUUCAA